AUGGCUCACUAUAAUUUUAAAAAAAUAACUGUUGUGCCUCCAUCACAGGAUUUUAUUGACAUUAUUUUGUCAAAAACCCAACGGAAAACCCCAACUGUUAUCCACAAACAUUAUAAAAUUGUGCGGAUUCGUCAGUUUUAUAUGCGCAAAGUGAAAUUUACUCAACAGAACAUCCAUGAUAAAUUAACACAGAUUUUAAAUGAAUUUCCCAAACUUGUGGAUGUACAUCCAUUUUAUGCUGAUUUAAUGAAUGUCCUUUAUGACCGAGAUCAUUACAAACUUGCGUUGGGACAAAUAAACACAGCUAGACAUCUUGUUGACAAUGUUGGUAAGGAUUACAAUCGACUCCUAAAAUAUGCUGAUUCUUUAUAUCGAUGCAAACAGCUCAAGAAAGCUGCUUUAGGACGGAUGAUGACCAUUUUGAAACGACAGAAGCAAAGUUUGGAAUACCUCGAACAAGUGAGACAGCAUUUGUCUCGUUUACCAUCCAUUGAUCCUACAACACGUACUCUACUCAUUUGUGGAUUUCCCAAUGUAGGAAAAUCCAGCUUCAUAAAUAAGAUCACCCGAGCAGAUGUUGAGGUUCAGCCCUAUGCUUUCACCACAAAAUCCCUGUUCGUGGGACAUACAGAUUACAAAUAUUUACGUUGGCAGGUUGUGGAUACUCCUGGUAUUUUGGACCAUCCUUUGGAGAACAGAAACACAAUUGAAAUGCAGGCUAUUACAGCAUUAGCCCAUUUAAGAGCUGCAGUUCUCUAUGUGAUGGAUAUUUCUGAACAAUGUAAUCAAACCAUUGAAGAACAGAUUGCUCUUUUCCACAAUAUUAAACCAUUGUUUAUCAACAAACCUCUUUUGGUCUGUGUUAACAAAAUUGAUGUUAUAAACUUUGAGGAUUUAGCUGAAAAUAAAAAGGCUGCUAUUAAGAGUCUUGAAGAAGAAAAUAUACCUAUUUUGUUUAUGAGUACAAUCACAGAAGAAGGUGUGAUGAAUGUGAAAAUUGAGGCUUGUGAUCGUCUUCUAUCUCAGAGAGUUGAAACAAAACUCAAACAGCGAAAAGGUGAUAUCUUAACCAGAUUAAGAGUUGCUGUACCACACAAAAGAGAUAAUAAAGAACGUCUUCCUACGAUUCCUCUAAACAUCCUCGAAAAAAGAAAACAAAUGGACAUAGAUGAUAAACCAACAUUGGAGAAAGAUAUUGAGCAAGAAAUGGGUGAUGAUUAUAUUUUGGACCUUAGAAAAAAUUGGGAUUUGACUAAUUCUGAUGAAAAAUAUGAUGUGUUGGUUGAAUUUUGGAAAGGGCGUAAUGUUGCAGAUUUUAUUGAUCCAGAUAUAAUGAAGAAAUUGGAUUCUCUUGAAAAAGAAGAAGAAUUGAGAAUUAAGGCUGGUUUCUAUGACCUUGAUGAAAGUGAAGAUGACGACGAAACCAAGACUAUCAAGAAAACUGCUGCUAUGAUCCGAGAGAAGAGGAAGUUGAUCAUCUUGGAAUCAAGGGCCAAACGUAAAAUCAACCGAAUCCCACGACCAAAAUCUGCACCUGGAACCGUUGAAAAACUGGAACAGGAUAUGGAUGACCUUGGUGUGGAACUAGACAGAACUAAUAAGAACUAUGCUCGCCAGAGAUCUCGUAGCACCUCACGAAAACCCCUUAAACGAAAGAGGGAAGACUCUACAGCUGCUGUCAGAGCACGAAGUACUUCAAGACCACCAAGAGAUGUAUCUGGAUUAAGAGACAUGACUAUGGUUGCAAAGGUACGAAAGAUAGCAAGAAAAGCUGUAAAACCUUUCACUAUGGACGGACGAAAGGGUGAAUCUGACAGACACAUUCACGACCUGAAACCAAAGCAUCUGUUUUGUGGAAAACGGGGUAUUGGAAAGACACAGAGACGAUAA